CCGGCUCCAGGCUCUUCCACCCGGAAACUGUCCUGCUGGUUCAGGGUCUGAUCUCCCCACUUGCGGCUUCGGGCCAUGGAGGGGGACGGCCCCGCCGCCACGGUCCCGCACUACCAGCCGGCCUGCCCAACGCGGGACGCGUGUGUCUACAGCAGCUGCUAUUGUGAAGAAAACAUUUGGAAGCUCUGUGAAUACAUCAAAACCCACAACCAGUAUCCCUUGGAAGAAUGUUAUGCUGUCUUCAUAUCAAAUGAGAAGAAGAUGGUACCUAUCUGGAAACAGCAGGCAAGACCUGGGAACGGACCUGUAAUCUGGGAUUAUCAUGUCGUUCUGCUUCAUGUGUCACGUGAAGGACAGAGCUUCAUUUAUGAUCUUGAUGCUCUCUUGCCAUUUCCCUGCCCUUUCGACAUUUACGUAGAAGAUGCCCUUAAGUCUGAUGAUGACAUUCAUCCACAGUUUAGGAGGAAAUUUAGAGUGGUUCGUGCUGAUUGCUACUUGAAGAACUUUGCCUCUGACCGGUCUCACAUGAAAGACUCCAGUGGGAACUGGAGAGAGCCUCCUCCGGAGUACCCCUGCAUUGAAACUGGAGACUCCAAAAUGAACCUGAACGACUUCAUCAGCAUGGACCCUGAAGUAGGAUGGGGAACUGUCUACACAAUGUCUGAGUUUGUACAUCGGUUCAGCAGUAAAAACUACUGAGCCUCAUGCCAGUUCUUGUGGAACUAGAGAAGCUCUAGGAUAUGAAUAAGCCAUCCUUCUAUUUAGUAGAACAGCAUGGCACAGGCAGCUUAGAGGUAUAUUUUAAUCAUUAAAUGUGAUGGGAAACAUUAAUGAAAACAGAAAUGAAUGAGUAGCCCCCCCAACCCCAGUUUUUUUUUUAAGCUUGGGCUCUACCCCAGAGUACUAUCUCCAAUCCUAAAUCAGUUAGUCACCAGCCUCAGACAUAGACACACAGCAAAAUAAAAGCUUUCCUGUUGAUACGCCACACGUGGUGCAUGGUCGCUAAGAUAUUCCCAUGGCUUAGUGGUUGAGAUAUGCGAUGACCUAGGCCAGCAAUUGCUUUUGUGUAACCAGAAGUGUAGACUUCAAGCCAGCUCCUUUUGUCUGCUCUCUCUCCUUCCUGUCUGGCUAUACUCUAAACUCCUUGAGCACAGGGUUGUGGCCUGUGGCUCUAAGAAUCUGUUGCCUGUUAGAGGUAUCUGUAAAAUGUUUCUAGAGACAGCUCUGCUGCUUGGAAAGGGACACUGUUGUGAGCUGAAUCAGCUAUCAGUAUUAGUCUUUUUGGACUACAGUAUUUAAAAAAGCUGCAGAUAUCUUCUGUGAGUGUUGUUUGGCCUGUUUAUAUACACAGUUUUAAAUAAAACUGACUCAAAAUUAA